AUGGACGCAAAGCAGCAGCGGCACCUCAACUCGCUCGGAGUAGAGGUCCCUUGCGCACCAGAAACGCACUACGAGACGAGCGCGACGCAGACUUCAUCGAUACUCACUCUGGCGCUCGAGUACCUCGAUGAGAGGGAGCGCGAAGGAAAACCUCUGGCGUGGGAGCCCGAGGCGCCACUUAUGCACCCCAUCGACAUCUACGAGGCACGGCGGCUGUUAUUGCUACAAGUCUGA